GCAUUACCAUCACGUCAAUCACCACUAUAAAAAGGAGAAACGAAGCCACCGCUUCGGAAGAAAUGAGGAAAGGCGUCGCGUCUGAGAAAAAGCUUCGAAUCUUCCGUUGAACAACCCCGAUCGAAACGAAAAACCCCAAACACAACACGAAACCACGAAAACCGUAACCCUAGCCCUGAUUAUCUGAUCGGUGAAUCCUCCAGGAACAGUUGUUGAAUCUAAUCGAAUCGAAUAGACUGCAGAAUCGGAGGAAUAUACAACGAAGUUUAGCGACGGAAGAGAGGAUAGGGAGAGAAUUGAACAAUGUCUGCAGUUGUGUGCGGCAAGAGAUCUUUCUUCGAAGACCUCCCUUCUUCGCCGCAAUCGGGAUCGUCGCCUCCUCUUUCGAAGAGGCUCCGGUGCUCUUCUUCCACCUCUCCGGUUCGAUUCUCGCCCCCGGCUCCGCUCGAUCAGCUUCGAGCUCUCUUCCCCAACAUGGACCACCAGCUUCUUGAGAGAGCUCUAGAUGAGUGUGGCAAUGAUUUAGAUGCUGCUAUCAAGAGCCUGCAUGAGCUUUCUCUUAAAUUCGCCGAGGGAAACUCAGAGACUGCUGAGGAAUCAAAUUCAAACAUGGGGAAAGGUACAGCAACCACUGAUGGAGAUACAGCUCCUCCAGCGAAUCUUUCAGCCCAGGACAAUGUUCCACUGAAUGGUGCAGAAUGGGUGGAAUUGUUUGUGACAGAAAUGACGAGUGCUACUAGCAUAGAUGAUGCUAGAUCUCGUGCCACAAGAGUCUUGGAAAGUUUAGAGAAGUCUAUUACUGUACGUGUUGGUGUUGAGGCGACACAAAGUUAUCACAAGGAGAAUGUGAUGCUCAGGGAACAAAUUGAAGUACUGCUCCGGGAGAACACCAUUCUUAAGCGUGCUGUGGCUAUCCAGCAUGAACGUCAGAAGGAGUACGACGAUAGGAACCAAGAGGUGCAACAUUUGAAGCAGUUGGUAUCUCAAUAUCAGGAGCAACUGAGAACACUUGAGGUGAACAAUUACGCGCUUACAAUCCAUUUGCAGCAAGCUCAGCAAAGCAACUCGAUCCCUGGACGCUUCAACCCCGAUGUCUUCUAAUAAGUAUCAUGAAUAUAACUGUGAAGCCACAACAAAACAAGUUUGGUUAAGGAUCGAGUUUCGUUUUGAAUGGUUGCUACAAGAUUGUAACUAGGGUUGUUAAGUUACGAUGUGUAUGCUUCGGCCCUCGAUCUACCUAUUUCACAGACUUGAUGGGUUGUUAUCAAGUAGGUUAGACCUCGAUUGUUGUUAUGGUUAAUCAGAAAAAUAGUCUUUUAAGGAGUAUAUAUGUAUAAUGUAUGUCAAGGCAUCAGUGCCCUCAUUUCUUAUCAUUUCUUAGCAAUGUCAUUCUUCGGUUGGCUACGAGAAAA